CUUCCCACAAGUCGGUUUCGGAGGGAAAGGACAUUAAACGACGUCGUCGCCUCAUCUUCAUCUUCAUCUUCUUUUCUCCAUACAUCAGCCAGGAAAUAUCUGCAUUCCCCAGAAGAUGUCUUCAUUGACCGCAAGUGCCAUUGCUAUCCCGGCAAAAAGACCACCAGAAGGUGAAUGCAGGGGCCAAAUUAAGAUUCUUGGACCUGUCCCAGUAGGGCUUUACAGACAGUCGCUUUCUUUCGGUGGAACACAAGCUAUUUCUCCAGUAGUGCUUUACAGACAGUCGCUUUCUUUUGGUAGAACACAAGCUAUUGCUCAUACUCGAAAGCAGUCUGCUUCUCUCAUAUGCGCUUCUGCCCUGAAUGCUAGAUGUGGUGCAGAACAAACCCAAACCGUUACACGCGAAUCGUCAACAAUUACCAUUGCUCCUACUCAAGGUAAGGAAAAGUCACCAGAACUUGAUGACGGUGGGACUGGAUUUCCACCCCGUGACGAUGGUGAUGGAGGUGGUGGUGGAGGGGGCGGGGGAGGCGGCUGGGCCGGAGGUUUCUUCUUUUUUGGCUUUCUUGCUUUUCUAGGCUUCUUGAAGGACAAGGAAAGUGAAGGGCCAUAUCGGGAUGAGAGAUGAAGAUGAGAGAGAACAAUGUGUGGGAAAUCAAUAAAUUUGGAGGCUCCAACUUCAUUCAUAUUGUACUUUUAUAUUGUUUUUUUUUUUUUGGCUGUAUUCUUUUUUAGCGCAAAAAUAGUAACUAACUUUAAAACGGUUCCAUGGU